AUGGCUCACGAAUACGGACGGUUCGAUUUGAAGCUCCCGUAUAUAUUGCAGAAUUGCAUCCAUUCAACCAAAUUCCAUCUUAGUUGGCUAUUUGUGGCUUCAUUGUUUGAAGACCAACCAGUCCUUGUCGACGUUUCCUCUCCUCGACCCAUCAAGCGUAUCCUACCCUCAGCACCCCUUCGGCCGCAACCGGAGAAUGGAGAAGAAGUUGACCCUGCAGUAGCUGCUAAGCAAGCUGCACAGGAUGCAAAACAUUCAACUUGCGUUACCGUCUUCACGGCACUUGGCAAUCAUAUUCUGGCUGGCACAUCCAAGGGUUGGAUCAACAUUAUCGAAACUCAGACCUGCAAAACAAUCCAUUCCACCCGUUUAUGUAACGGUGUUAUAAUACUUCUGCGUCUUGCAAGCAAUGGACGGGAUUUACUUGCGAACAGCUCCGACCGAGUGAUACGCACCAUUUUAAUGCCGGACCUUUCACAGCUUGGCGUUAGCCUUGAACCAUCUAAUAUCAAGCUCGACAUAGAACACAAGUUCCAAGAUGUGGUGAACAGGUUAAGCUGGAACCAUGUUGCUUUCUCUGCAACGGGUGAAUUCGUGACUGCAUCCACGUUUAUGAACCAUGACAUCUAUGUCUGGGAACGCAGCCAUGGCUCACUUGUCAAGAUUCUUGAAGGCCCGAAAGAGGAGCUGGGAGUCGUCGAGUGGCACCCAAACAAACCCAUGGUGGUAGCCUGUGGGCUAGAGUCUGGCGGUAUAUAUGUGUGGUCUAUUGUCACGCCACAGAAAUGGUCUGCGUUAGCGCCUGAUUUUCAGGAAGUCGAGGAAAAUGUUGAAUACGUCGAGAGGGAAGAUGAAUACGAUAUCCAUCCUGCUGAACAAGUUCAUCAGCGCCGGCUUGAUCUAGAAGAUGAGACUCCGGACGUGCUUACUAUUGAACCUGUCAAGGGAGAAACCGGUGAUGACGGACACGAGACGUUCCGCAUGCCUGUCCUCUUGGACAUAUCAGAUAGCGAGAGUGAAGAAGAUAUCAUUGCAGUGGGGCCUGGAACAAUGAGAAGACGCAGCCCUGGCUCUGGACGUGAGUGGAUGAAUAAUAACGGCGGCAACAAUGUAGCUGCGUCCGCUACCGCCAGUGGCGAUGUUUACGAUUCUGACGGUAGAAGACAGCCGACAUCGAAUGGCAUUGGCAGAACGCAGAAUAAAGGACGCCGGAGAUAA